AUGCUGUCGUACCUGCACUUCCUGGUGUAUGGGGUGGGGGGGAUGAUGGCAGUGGGGAUGGCGCUGCUUAUUGCUUUCCAAGAAAGACUGGUGUACGUGCCGGUGCUUCCGGGGCUCUCCAAGUCCUACCCCAUCACCCCCGCCCGCCUGCGACUAAAGUAUGAGGACGUCUGGCUCCGGGCUUCUGAUGGCGUUCGCCUUCACGCUUGGUUUAUUCAGUACGUACCGGAGUGCACAGGUCAGUUUUCCCCUGGAUCAUCCCCCAUGGUUCCUUGUUCGUGUUCCCUUUGUUAAUUGCUGCGCUAUUCUACUUCCUGCUUUUUCCCUACGUUCCAGUGGUAGGUUUAGUCGCCGCUAUCCUCCUUGAAGUUUGCCACCUGUACGUUUCCUGACGGAGUGGUGAAUUACCGGAACUGGGUUUUACGGUCUUUCCUUCGUUUCCUGAAGAAUGCUCGGUUAGGGAGUGGGGAGCUUGAUGGCGGCGGGAUAGCCUAGGGCUCCAGUGACGCCCCUCGCAUUGAGGAACAUCAUAUGGGUGUCAGCGCCCGUCGAGAUAAUCACUGCUGUUCUGGUCUCUGGACUGGCUGUCUGGCUGUCUGGCUGCAUAUCAUUUUUACGAAUGAAACGAUAGAUCCAAAUGAUCACAAAACAGCAAUCAUUAAGCGAGAUCAAAAUGAGACACGGCGAAAUGGAGCCACAUAGUCCGUCCUAUAUCUCUAGCUCAGUUGAGAAAUCCUGAAAUCACCUGUAUGUUCCAUUGGAAGACAGCAUAGAAAAUUUCGGCAUCUUAUUACAAUAUCCCUGAUUCCCAAAUCCACUUGCUAUACAGUCUGUGCCAUCCCAAAAACCCCUUUUCUAGAGAUGAGGUGACGGAAUGCUGUUCUAUUCUCCACUGUGUAAAUUAUAUCCUUGGAACAUACACAGUAUACAACCUCCCCAAAAGUUGUAGAAUACCCUUGAAAAAUGGGGCUGAAUCAAUGUAGGUGAUUUUAUCAUCAUAUUCACUACUUGCGUUUCCGAGCUCUAUUUAACUCUUUCGUAUCUCUUAAAUGGUCUUGCAUUAUUUUUUAUCCUCAGCAAAUAAAUAAAUAAAAAGGCUUUAACACCACUCCCCUCCUCCCCCCACCAACACCUUGCAGUUCAUGCCUUUAAGCACUAGGUUCUUUCAAACGAAGCAUUAUCUUAUGAGCGAUGAUCUUUCUUGACUAAUUGUCCACAGCGUGAAGAGGACAUGGUUCUUUACCACAGGUCUGCAUAUCACUGUUGCCAUUCUUGAUGCUAACAUCUUGUUAAUAUCCUGUAAACUCCAUGCAACAAUCUACUUGGUUAGUUCUCCCUAAUCCGCUUUGGUCCUUCACUCUUUGAGAAAAAUGGUCGUUAAUGCCCUCAAGAUGUGUAUUUCUCGUGUUGAGCUCAAGGAUAAUAUGGACCCUCUUUUAGCAACCCAGAAGUUUUGUCAGCGAAACAUUGAAAACCUAUCAGGGCCUUGGCUACCCCGAAGUUUCAAAUUACCCGUAGCAUCACUAAUUGGUUGUUGUUUUGAUGCAGCUACCUUCGUAGUGCCUUUCACUAGUUAUCCUCCAGAUUAUUUUGUUGUCAAUGAAUCUAAGUAGAAAAAUGAUUUUUUGUUAACUCUGACUGCUAAGAAUAUGAAUUUUCAUGCGACCACUGAAUCAGGAACUUAGCUUUGUCACAUGAGAACACAGAACACCCCCACCACGUCUUCCUGUUUAACUUAACUACUGAUAUUCUACCCCAUGAUUAGAAGCUGCAAGUGCCAGAAUAGUGAGAACUGCUUUUCGGAAGAAAAAAAUUUAAAACAAAAGCUGGUUCAGAGAAAUUGGGGCAUCACGUAAGCAUGCGAAAAUAGAAGUAGCUAUGCACUAUUCCGGGGUUGUUCACAUCCCCCAGAACAUACUUGUUUUACAUGGUAAGAAUACCCAGGCCGGACAAAUGUUCCCUUUUGAUCCAUCCUGUGAGUUUCCCUUCCCCAAAAUCAUUACUUAUCUUCUUGUCCAACUGAUGGAAUCUUCCUUUGCUCUUCAUCAUCAACUUUUCUCUGUUUCCUCCCCAUUCAUACUCCCAUGAUUUAGCAUGUGGCGCAAGUUACUGUCCACAAAAAAUCUUUGUUUUCUUGCUUCAUUUUUCCUGUAUGUGCUUGCUUUCCUCUCUCCUUAGGAGGUCUGAUGUCCAGAAGUGACGCUGAUUACCGAUUUUGGCCAAGUCAUCAGACUACUCGUUGAGUUUCGUUGGCCACGUAUUUCCACUGUAGUCGUAUGAGAGUGAUUCCGAUUUGAUUUAUUUAUGCCUCAGUUCUUAAUUAUGUGUAAACUAGUUGAAUGCCUGUUGUUGGAGUCUGUGGACACAAUGUUUGUUUGAAAGAUAAUAAUGAUUCAAUUCAAUUGCAGGGCCAACGAUUAUUUUCUUCCAGGAGAAUGCUGGUAGUAUCCUGAUGAUCUUUUCCAAAAGGCUAUCGUGGAUCUGAUAAUUCCUCCUUUUCCCAGUUACUUCUGUGGGCCUUAACUAGCAUAACUGUAGAUAUUGCACAUCGUCUUGAAUUCAUUCACAUAAUGCUCCAGAAGCUACACUGCAAUGCCUUUAUGCUGUCAUACAGAGGGUAUGGUAUUCGUUCGAUAUGACACCUUGUGCGUGGCAUCAUUGGCAGUUCUACAUAUCUUUCCUCCCUUUAGGUCGUUAUGUCAAUCAUGUGCCGAUGUCUGUAUUUUUAUGAUAGAUAUGGUGCAAGCGAUGGAUUCCCUUCUCAACACGGAAUUAUUCAAGAUGCACAGGUUUGAUACCUAUCCCCAUUUUAAUUUCCUGUAUUGGUCUUUUGAAUCAUAUCCAGGCUUUCAAGUUUGUUUUUCAUUGCCCAGGCCGCUUUGGACCAUCUGAUGCAAAGGACCGAUAUUGAUACGUCAAGAAUUGUUGUAUUUGGAAGAUCUCUUGGUGGCGCAGUUGGAGCAGUCCUUGCAAGAAACAACCCCGACAAGGUAUUUUUUUUUCAUUUGAUUCUUCUAGUACGAUGUUUUGUGCAUUGUGCUGUAUCAUAAUGAAACUAAUCUUGAUCUUUUUCUUGAUACGAAAACUGAACACCAGGGGAUUAUAUAGACUGUAAGUUCUCGAAAUAUAGUUGUGGUUCAUGGAUAUCAGGAACCUUCAUAGGGGCACAAAGGGAGAUAGAUAUGGAUUCUAAAGCUAGAAUUCAUUCUCGGAUCUAAAGCAUGAACAGGUGAUACUCAGUCUUAAAGCCAGGGAAGAAGCUAGAAAGCUAGGGUCACAACUGGAUUCUAAUAAUGCCAAAGAAAAACAAAAGUUUGAGUCUUUUUUUGAGUCUAUGGUGAUCUAAAAAUUGGUUUGGCAAAGAUUAGUGCUUCUACACGAUUUUUUGAAACGCAGGAGUUGCUCUUGUGGAUCAGACAGGUUAUGGCGUCUUAUAAUGUGUUGCUUCUGAAUCUGACACAUUUGUAUUUUCAGUAAAAGAAAAACUGGGUCAGCGCUUAUGGUAAACAGAUGGUUUAUGCCUAUGAAAAUAGGGAACUUCUGGGCAGGCUUUGCAACAAGUUUUCUUUGGUUGUGUUGUUCAAAGAGAGAAUCCGAAUGAGAAAGGAAAAUGAGUGGUGCUUGUCUUUCUAUUUGGUUUCUUCUGUUCAAAUAACGUGUCCCUUGUGGCGUCGAUGAUUUUAUUUUCUUACUGAUGACUGUCAAGAGGUAGCAUGCAAAAACUCCAAGAAGGGUUGAUAAUAGCGUGGUGACGCCAUUGACUUUAUAUUUUUCUCUAAUCUCCAGACCCCCCCUAACAAAGGGGGAGGGAGUCGACCGACUAUCUCAGCCAUAGGUGGGAAUUUCGCCAUCUUCCGACACCCCAAGUCUACCAUUGUAACUUGAAGAUUUUGAGGAAAAGGUCUGGCCACCUGGCGACACCAGUUUUUCAAAUACAAAUAUGUUAUAGGCUUCACACCUUAUUUCUUGAAGGAUGGAACAUCGAAAUGUAACUUGUUGAUCAAUAAUGCAGAGUUUUUUUGUCAUCAUAUAUAUCAUAGUUUCAAGAAGUGAAACCUGUGUUCAGUAGUCAAAUGGUACAAGGUCGGAUUAUCAGAUUUCCUCAUCUGAAAAAGUCUUUUUUAAUUCCCUUGUUAAGAUAGGUCAUCGUUAAUUUCAUACUUCGUUUUCCUUGAUGUAACCAGAUUAUUGUGGUGUCGCCAUUUGAUUUCAGGUCUCUGGUCUGAUAUUGGAGAAUACAUUCACCUCGAUUCUUGACAUGGCUGGUGUUUUGCUUCCCUUCUUGAAGUGGUUUAUUGGCCACAGUGGAUCAAAGGGUCCAAGAAUGCUUAAUUUCCUCGUGCGCUCCCCAUGGAACACUGUUGACGUUAUUGGGCAGGUAAAUUAGUAUCCUGUAUUUAGUUUCUCGAAAAAUAGUCAAAUUAUAGGUUGGUAGAUGACUGUUUUAGCCCUCUCAUGUCCUAUGGGAUGGUCAACUUCUUAUCAGUUAUCAUUCCUUCUUGAGUAAUGUAAUGAUACUGAUAACUUCAGUCCCAUCUGCCACAACGUGCUUUAUCAACGACAUUCCUCUGAUUUCACCAAGCUGCACGGCACUAAGCUCUCAUCUUAUAUGGCACAUGUUAUUGAAUGUUUGAAGUAUAGUCUUUUAUAUAGGCGAAAAAUGAGCAGCAGUGAAUCCAUCUAUGAUUUCUUUUUGUGGUCCGGGGUGGUGGGAGUUGACCUCUCAUCCGUCACAUGCUUCUUUGCUACUAGGCUUUUAGCCGUUUAGAGCUGACUCCGUGCUGAAAUCGCAGGUCAAACAACCCAUUCUAUUCCUUUCUGGUCUACAAGACGAGAUGGUUCCCCCAUCUCAUAUGCAGCUGCUGCAUGCCAAAGCAGCUGAGAAAAACGACCGAUGCCUAUUCACUGAUUUCCCUUCUGGCAUGCACAUGGACACAUGGCUUUCCGGCGGGGAUCGCUACUGGAGGACGAUUCAGCUGUUCCUGGGUCUUCAUGUUCCUGGGAAGGAGAGAACCGCCAAGCAGCUCAAGAACGAUGACGCCAAUGGAAACAACGGUAUCAUCUAG